GCAGACGACCUGGGAGGUGAGGGGGAAGGCCGUUCUCCAGCCUCUGUCAGGAAAUAUAACUUCCGGCGCCUAAUUUUACACCUGUUGAGAGGCCACCUUGUGGAAACGCUUAUAUUUAUCAGUUGUAUCAGUAUGACGGAUAUAAACAAAAAUGGUGGACAGCGUGUCUGCUGAGACCAGAAUAAAAGAGUUAUUAGAAGAGUCUCGUAACUGUACAUAUCCAGAAGAUGCGAGAGGCAUCAAGCAACGUUAUAAAGAUACAGCCUUACUCUUGUUCAAGCAAUCCCAGGAGGAUAACAACCCCAGGAAUUAUCUUUCAUUUGGAACACGCAGAUCAUCAGCUGUUAGUCAGUACGGCAACACUCCUAUCAUUGUCCGACGGUCCCGCAGUUCAAAUGGUGAGCUCUCAACUGUAGGGGAACAAGUGCCGUCUAUACUGGGAAGGUCAUCAGUUAGUGACUAUACGCUAAUAGAAUCCAAGGAAAGUGAUGAGGAAGAUACAGAGACUGAAGAUGAGCUUGAUAACAAAAACCUUUUGAAUUCUGCAGAAGUGGCACUAAGGGAAAAAGAAAGCUCAAUAUCAAAAAAUAAAACCUCAAUAAAUGAUAAUGAAACUGAGAGUCAAGCAGAUUUAACACAGAUAAAGAAAAACGAGAAGAUCAUUAAUGGGUUACGGGUUCAGGAGUGUGAGAACAGGAAAAGCUUCAGCCAUUAUGACUUGCCCAUACAGAGGAACAAGGGUCACGAGGAAGUGGACACAAAAAAUUGUGAAAAUGAAAGAAAUCAGGUGAAGAGUGAAAGAAAAACAGGAGAAAUAGAUCCUGAGUCAAAAUGUGAGAAUGGAAGUUUAGUUGUCAAAAGUAGAGAGACUGAGGGAAUUCCUGAAGAGGAGGUAUCACCAAAAUUUGAACAUGACAGUCAGCAUGACACAUUGUACAAUGAGAGUAAGGGGAAUAUUAAUGGAAGCCAAAGUAAAGUAUACCCCAAAGACAAUAAUUCAAAAGCUUAUGAAUCUCAUGAUUUAAAUGACAUUGUAAAGCCACACUGUCCUGAGAUAGAUCAUGAAGCUGUUCUAAGAGCUUAUGUUGAACAGUCUUCCUCAUUAAAUAAGUUGUUGCAUGAAAGUCAAGCUAAAUCUUGUUAUUCAGAUAGUUAUAAAGAUAAAUUGUAUGAUGAGUGUAAAUAUGUAGAAUUAAAGAUAGUUGAAUCUGUGGAUGAUCCUCAUAGCAAUGAUUCAGACAAGGGUCCUAGUUCAGAUAUAAAGAAUGUCCUUACCACUGACAUAUUGAAAUUUGGUGAUGAUGAUGAUGUAACAUUCAUUGAUGCAAAUUCACCACUGCUUACACGAGCAAAGCCCAUGUGUGAAAUAUCUGAAAAUUCAAAUCAGGAAUUGGCACAGAAACAAGAUGAUGCCAAGCAAUUUUCAGUAUUAAAUACACCUUCAAAGCAUGAAGAUAAAAAUCUUAUUAAAUCUUCACCUCCUUUAAUUGAAAACUGUUCACUGAAUGAGAGUCCUCAGUUUCUUAAGGGGGACAGUGUAGAAGAUGUAAGUAAAUAUCUAGAAAAUCACAGUGGCCUUCUUGACCUGCCACUCAGAAGUCCCACGCCACCAAAGCGAAGCCCCAGGCGGCCCCCUAGAGUGCCUAAAGAAAAAAACACAAACAUACAAUGCCAUUCGUCAUUAGUUCUUCCAUCGGAUGAGGAAAUACAAGAGUCUUAUCCAAAGGGAACAAGGUCUGCAUCACCCACCUCAAAGCAUAAAGAGACAUCAAAAUUUUUCUCUUUCUCCUUUAGAGGAGAGAAGAGUAAAAGUAUUUCAUCUCUGAAUUCCAAAGCAGGAAAAGAUAAAGUCACAGGAUCUGCAUUAAGAUUUGAAGGGAAAGAUCAUACAGUUAUAAAUUCUGGUGUUAAUACUGAUUCAAAAGUUGAUGGUCAGAUCGAUACCUUUGGGAAAAGAAUUGGUGUUCGUAGUAUGGUAAUUGAUGGUACAAUUAAACGAAACUUUAUAGUGAUACACCCAUCUGAUGACUCUGAAACAAUUGGACUUGCCCCAUUGUCAUCUGUCUCCAGUGGUAAAGAAAAUUCUCUGAAUACUUCAGUGGCAUUAUCAAGCAUGAAAUCCCAUUUAACACAUCUGAAAAAUGAUAACCUUGAAGCAGUGAAGAGAAUUUCUUGUAAAGGAGAUCUGAAGGAGGAGCUAACAGAUUUGUCUAGAAAUUUUGGAGGUUCCUUAAGGAUAGGUCACAUGUCAAAAAGUUUAAAUGCUAAUAAAGGUAAGAAAACUAAAGAUCAUAAACUCCUGGGAAGCUCUCAGAGUUUAUCCAGUGAAAAUACAAGAUAUAGUUUCGCCGAUUCACAGGCACUUUACAGAUCACUCGUCUUGCCAGAAGUGGAUGUUGGCUCUGUCCAUAAAUCUUCAGAAGGAUUGAAUAACAGUUCUAGAACAGUAUCAAAACUUUGUGUAGUCAUGUGAAAAAAAUAUUUUCUUAUUUGGUAUGCAUUAUGAUAAGCAUAUUUUGUUUAGUGGUAUUCCAGAUGAAAAAUACAACUACGCAAUAACAAUGACGACUGUCUUGUGGAAGUUGAUACUGUAGUUGACUCAGUAAAUCAUUAUAGAAGAUUUUGUAAAAUUUAAAAAUAGCAAAAUGCUUUUUAUUUAAGGUAGCUAAACAGUGAUUUUUGCUAGUGAUUUUAAUUGUGACUAUAGGCCCUAUGGGAGAUCCCGAGUCAAGCCUGUGAAAUUUAAAAAAAAAUUGUUACAACAUGUGAUUUAGUAAAACUACCUGUAUGUAUUUGUAUUAGGAAACUUUGACAUUAUCAUUUAGAUUUUGACAAAAUGACCUUCAAAAACUACAUGUAUUUAAUUUUAAAAAUAUAUACAGAUUCAAACUUAAAAAACUAAAAUUGAUACAGUUUAAAGAAUUAUGUACUAUGUAUGGUAGAUCAUUCGAUAACACUCAGUCUGUCAACACAUUUUUCUGUUAACAUAUUUUGCAAAAUUGCAGCAUAUUUUUGGUGUACAUACCACUAAGAUUGGUUAACACCAUGGAGUGCAUGUAGGGAAAAAUGUGGCACGUGCCGCACAAUGAUCCUCAGGAUGAGUCCAUUGUCUUAUGGGCUAGUGGGUGGGAAUGUGUGAGAUACUAGGUGGGAAUGUGUGAGAUACUGGGUGGAAAUGUGAGAGCUAGUGGGUGGGAGCAUGUGAGAUAGAUUGAGGACAAGGUACUGGGCAGAGAAGGGUGAGUGAAGGAGUGAGAGUGGCCCAUUGAUGCAUGCUGUCACUGACAUCCCACAGUCCCUUUCACCUGUUGUAUAUCCCAUUUGGCUCUGUAGCAUAUGGUCAGAUGGGCACUGGUGUGGGGAUGGGUAGAGGCAGGUGGGUGGGGAUAUGCAGGUGAGGUCGAGUGUUUGGAAGAGAGGUGGGUGCAAGGGUGUUGGGGUGAGGUCUGAGAAAGCAUGGAGGAGGAAGUGUGGAGGGGGAGUAUGAGUGAAGGGCAGUUAUGGGAGAUGAGUGAAAGUGGGAGCCUGAUGUUGGGCGAGUGUCAGUUCACAGCUGUUCUGCCCUCCAACGUAUGGGCAGGAGGUUAAUGGCAUGUGUGUGGUGGGGUGGGUGAGGGCUGGAAUGCAUGGGCAGAGAGGUGUGACAGAUAGGUGUUGGGGUUGGGUAUGGUGUGUGAAGGUUGGAGGACCUGGCAGUGAGGCUACAUAGCGAGGCUUACGGCUCUGUUUAUAUAUAUGUUAAUAACUCCCACACAGUUGCCACAAGUAAGACAACCAAACAGUAUAGUAGCUUUCUCUGCUAGCAGAGAUAUGGUUGCAGAAUUUUUGACUCGUAUCAUCACAUCAGCCUUCAAUUACAUUAUUAUGAUUUUUUUUUUUAAAUUUUGAGACCUAUAAAAAAUUUGGUUGGCUUUUUUUUGGGGGGGGGGGGGGCAUGAACACAACCCUGUUUUUCCUCACAUUCUUCAGUUUGGUUUAAACAUUUUUUGGGGAACUUAACUACUGUGUUAUCUGAUGAUCUACUGUGAUACAAUAAUUUUGGGGGGAAGUCUAUUGUUUUGUGGAAAGCAUUUCUAGUAGAUUAAAACUAGUACUGUACUUAAAACUGCUAAGUUAAGUAUUGAAAAGUAAUUUUCAAAAGGCAAUUCAGCAUUACAAUUUCUGCUGUUUUUUUAAAUUAUGCAGAAAUCUUCCAGCAAUUAUUUACUGACUUGAUUGAGAUAGCACCUUUGAGAUAACAUCAUUGUUAUGAGUGUGCUUGGCAAAGCCUCAAUUAAUGUAAAGAAUGUGUAGAAUGGUACAUAUUAUUUUAUUAUUUUUAUAGAUGUACUGUAUGGCAGUUAUUUUGUCAACCAAGAUUCCAAUAUACUGUACUUCUUUAUGGAGUGUCAACUUGUAUAGCUUUUUGUACGAGUGAAUGUAUUAUAUUGUGUAUUCUGUAUGGAAGUAUUCUGUAUUAGAUGAAUGUUGGCUACUGCUGUGACAGAAGUUCCCAUUUUAUGUAUUGAUCUAUGUACAGCCUCUCCUCACUUAACGAUGGAGUUUCGUUCCUAAGACCAUGUUGGUAAACGAAUUCGUCGCCAAGUGAGGAGCAUACUAUAAUGGUAGUGGGUUUGUGUCAGCCAUCUUUGAUAUUGUUUUAAUGUCACUUUUGCACCAUCUGUAACAUUUCUGGUGUAUUUUUAAAUGUUUAUACAGUAGUGUACUGUAUAUUGUAAUAAACAGAAUAGAGGAAAUCAGCUCUAAUAUACAUUAUUUAAGUAUGCAUACUGGUCAAGUCAGAGAGCCUACCGUAAGUCCGAGUUGUCGGUAAACGAGUACGUUGCUAAGUGAGCAGAGGCUGUAUUUGUAAGUAAUCUGACUGCUUCAUGAGAGUUAUCUUCUAUCACUUACACAUACAUACACACUGUGUGAGUGAGUAGGCCUCUUUUUACACCUCCACCUACUGUGUUUCCACCUGUUCGUGAUUCCUAUUUCAUAAGUAUUUCCUCCUAUCGCUCCAUAGGUUCCUCACCUUUCGUAGCAGUUUACACUUUUCCGCCUUGCACUCUGACGUGUGUUGUGCAUGGUGCACAUGCACAACACACAUGCAUGUAAAUGUGUGCGAGAAAGAGAGAGAGCCUGUGUGGAAAGUUAUAAUGCCGUCUGCAGGACUAGCUUUUGAUCAAUGAAAAGUGGCAGCAGAUGGCUGAAGUUUCGACUUUCAUACUUAAGUUGGAAGUGGGGACAUACAGCUGGGCUCAUCCACUUUUGGGUUGAACUCUGCACUAUAUUCACUGAAACUCAGUUAAUGGCAGACUUGAUGGAUAAUAAUGUUAAAUGAGAACAGUGUUCUGUUCUGUGUUCCAGAGGUGGAGCAGCUGUGAAAUGGAGAAUAAAACACUGACCUCUUCUAACAUUAUCCAUCAGGUAUGCCAUCAUCUGAGUUUUACUGGACAUAGUGCAGAGUUUGACCAAGAAGUGGAUGAGACCGCUCUUGAAGCUGCAUGUCCCCACUUGCAACUGGAGUACGAGUUGUUCCCGAGAUUUCUAGAAAGUCCAGACUUCAACCAUCUUUUACCAUAUGUUACAAUGAUCAAAAGUUUGUCCUGCAGCAUGCAUCAUAAUUUUCCAUGCAGACUGUAUAUAUAUACAUAUAUUGUUACAUGUUUCUAGAAUGGAGGCAAAGGUAAUCAACGAUAGCCAUUUAUGUUACUUUAUGGAGGGUUAUAUAUUAUAUAUACUUUUCUACGCCAAGAGAGAGAAUUUUUUGUGGCUUACAAUUAUGUAAAUGUGAGAACUUGUUUAUUGUUGAAGAGCUGCACCACAUUUGUUUUUAUACAUGGUAAACACACUUGUGUUCAGUUUUGUGUUACAAAUAUACUGUUAAUAUAUACAGGUAAGUAUAUGUUUAUUUGGAAAUGUUUAUCGUGAUUAGGCAACCAGAAAUGACAAUUUCAGUGAUAAUUUUAAACAAAUACAAAGUAUAAUGUGGUUGUGAAAUCCAGCUCAGUGUUAACAUUAAUAAUUGCAAGGCUAGUAAAUAAUAUUUGACUUGAAGAUGGUUAAAUACAUGUGUAUGACUAUUUCUAAUAUUUUUUUUUUUUUUUUUCAAAUUUAGUUAAAUUUGAAUUGUGCACAAUGAAAAUUUUCAAUUCAGUGCCCCUUUUCUUGGAAGCUACACGAGUAGGUUUUCAUUUAUCUGUAACAUGACAUAUGUAUUUUUAAAUAAGUAUAUUUUAGAUACAAGAGUAACCAUGCUAGUUACAUCUCUCAGUUUAAUUUGAUGUCUGAGGCAGUCACUAAUGCAGUUCUUUUGAUAUCUGAGGCAGUCACUAAUGCAGUUCUUUUGAUAUCUGAGGCAGUCACUAAUGCAGUUCUGACACUCAAAAAAUGAGGAGAACCACAUCGUGUCACAUCAUGACAUAUUUUGUAUCUAGUCUUAUGUAUUUGAAUAACCCACAUUCAUCAGUACAGAAAUAAUCUGUUACCCGAACAGUCAAUAUAUGAUUUACUUGAUGGUCUUAUAUAGAUUAGAUAUCACAUAUUAGGUGAAAUUUUACAUAUCAUUUUUAUUUACAAAAGCAGUACUGUACCUAUAAUGUCAGUACUAUACCAAUAAUUCCUAUAAUAAGACUAACAACAUAAGCAGUUUUGUCUCCAAAAUGUACUCAGUGGGUUUGUUGGUCUUAAUGUUUUUCGAUCGUUUUGCUCUAUGAAUUUCAGUAUUAACACUGUUAGAGGUAUGUAUAUUAAGAAGAUUUUCCCAUGUUUAGUAGGGCUGGGGGUAAGCUACAUUCCAUGGAAUCACAACUAGCUAAAUAUUCUUUUAAAAACUGUUGUAUUUCCAAUGGAUUUGCUGGAACACUUAUGGGUUUCUCUAGUUCUGGUCCUUUAUAAAUUUUAAUAUUAAUUAUAGUAGUAUUAAUAGUAUUAAUUACCAAUACUAUUAUGGCUUUUUUUUUUUUUUUCAACAAGUCGGCCGUCUCCCACCGAGGCAGGGUGACCCAAAAAAGAAAGAAAAUCCCCAAAAAGAAAAUACUUUCAUCAUCAUUCAACACUUUCACCACACUCACACAUUAUCACUGUUUUUGCAGAGGCGCUCAGAAUACAAUACUUUAGAAGCAUAUACAUAUAAAGAUACACAACACAUCCCUCCAAACUGCCAAUAUCCCAAACCCCUCCUUUAAAGUGCAGGCAUUGUACUUCCCAUUUCCAGGACUCAAGUCCGACUAUAUGAAAAUAACCGAUUUCCCUGAAUCCCUUCACUAAAUAUUACCCUGCUCACACUCCAACAGAUCGUCAGGUCCCAAGUAUCAUUCGUCUCCAUUCACUCCUAUCUAACACGCUCAUGCACGCUUGCUGGAAGUCCAAGCCCCUCGCCCACAAAACCUCCUUUACCCCCUCUUUCCAACCCUUUCAAGGAUGACCCCCUACCCCUCCUUCCUUCCCCUGUAGAUUUAUAUGCUUUCCAUGUCAUUCUACUUUGAUCCAUUCUCUCUAAAUGACCAAACCACCUCAACAACCCCUCUUCUGCCCUCUGACUAAUGCUUUUAUUUACUCCACACCUUCUCCUAAUUUCCACACUCCGAAUUUUCUGCAUAAUAUUUACACCACACAUUGCCUUUAGACAGGACAUCUCCACUGCCUCCAACCGUCUCCUCGCUGCUGCAUUUACCACCCAAGCUUCACAUCCAUAUAAGAGUGUUGGUACUACUAUACUUUCAUACAUUCCCUUCUUUGCCUCCAUAGAUAACGUUUUUUGACUCCACAUAUACCUCAACGCACCACUCACCUUUUUUCCCUCAUCAAUUCUAUGAUUAACCUCAUCCUUCAUAAAUCCAUCCGCCGACACGUCAACUCCCAAGUAUCUGAAAACAUUCACUUCUUCCAUACUCCUCCUCCCCAAUUUGAUAUCCAAUUUUUCUUUAUCUAAAUCAUUUGAUGCCCUCAUCACCUUACUCUUUUCUAUGUUCACUUUCAACUUUCUACCUUUACACACAUUCUCAAACUCAUCCACUAACCUUUGCAAUUUUUCUUUAGAAUCUCCCAUAAGCACAGUAUCAUCAGCAAAAAGUAACUGUGUCAAUUCUCAUUUUGAAUUUGAUUCCCCAUAAUUUAACCCCACCCCUCUCCCGAACACCCUAGCAUUUACUUCUUUUACAACCCCAUCUACAAAUAUAUUAAACAACCAUGGUGACAUUACACCUACUUUUACCGGGAAGUAUUCUCCCCCCUUCUACACACCCUAACCUGAGCCUCACUAUCCUCAUAAAAACUCUUAACAGCAUUUAGUAACUUACCACCUAUUCCAUAUACUUGCAACAUCUGCCACAUUGCUCCUCUAUCCACUCUAUCAUAUGCCUUUUCUAAAUCCAUAAAUGCAAUAAAAACUUCCCUACCUUUAUCUAAAUACUGUUCACAUAUAUGCUUCAAUGUAAACACUUGAUCUACACAUCCCCUACCCACUCUGAAGCCUCCCUGCUCAUCCGCAAUCUUACAUUCUGUCUUACCUCUAAUUCUUUCAAUUAUAACCCUACCGUAUACUUUUCCUGGUAUACUCAGUAAACUUAUUCCUCUAUAAUUUUUACAAUCUCUUUUGUCCCCUUUCCCUUUAUAUAAAGGGACUAUACAUGCUCUCUGCCAAUCCCUAGAUACCUUCCCCUCUUUCAUACAUUUAUUAAACAAAAGUACCAACCACUCCAACACUAUAUCUCCCCCUGCUUUUAACAUUUCUGUCAUGAUCCCAUCAGUUCCAGCUGCUUUACCCCCUUUCAUUCUACAUAAUGCCUCACAUACCUCCACCACACUUACAUUCUGCUCUUCUUCACUCCUAAAAGAUGGUAUACCUCCCUGGCCAGUGCAUGAAAUUUCCUCCUCCCUUUCUUCCUCAACAUUUAAAAGUUCCUCAAAAUAUUCUCGCCAUCUACCUAGUACCUCCCUUUCCCCAUCUACUAAUUCCCCUACUCUGUUUUUAACUGACAAAUCCAUACUUUCCCUAGGCUUUCUUAACUUGUUUAACUCACUCCAAAAUUUUUUCUUAUUUUCAUUAAAAUUUCUUGACAGUGCCUCUCCCACUCUAUCAUCUGCUCUCCUUUUGCACUCUCUCACCACUCUCUUCACCUUUCUUUUACUCUCCAUAUACUCUGCUCUUCUUAUAACACUUCUGCUUUGUAAAAACCUCUCAUAAGCUACCUUUUUCUCUUUUAUCACACCCUUUACUUCAUCAUUCCACCAGUCACUCCUCUUUCCUCCUGCCCCCACCCUCCUAUAACCACAAACUUCUGCCCCACAUUCUAAUACUGCAUUUUUAAAACUAUUCCAACCCUCUUCAACCCCCCCACUACUCAUCUUUGCACUAGCCCACCUUUCUGCCAAUAGUCGCUUAUAUCUCACCCGAACUUUCUCCUCCCUUAGUUUAUACACUUUCACCUCCCUCUUACUUGUUGUUGCCACCUUCCUCUUUUCCCAUCUACCUCUUACUCUAACUGUAGCUACAACUAAAUAAUGAUCCGAUAUAUCAGUUGCCCCUCUAUAAACAUGUACAUCCUGGAGCCUACCCAUCAACCUUUUAUCCACCAAUACAUAAUCUAACAAACUACUUUCAUUACGUGCUACAUCAUACCUUGUAUAUUUAUUUAUCCUCUUUUUCAUAAAAUAUGUAUUACUUAUUACCAAAUUUCUUUCUACACAUAGCUCAAUUAAAGGCUCCCCAUUUACAUUUACCCCUGGCACCCCAAAUUUACCUACUACUCCCUCCAUAACAUUUUUACCCACUUUAGCAUUGAAAUCCCCAACCACCAUUACUCUCACACUUGAUUCAAAACUCCCCAUGCAUUCACUCAACAUUUCCCAGAAUCUCUCUCUCUCCUCUACACUUCUCUCUUCUCCAAGUGCAUACACACUUACUAUAACCCACUUUUCACAUCCAAUCUUUAUUUUACUCCACAUAAUCCUUGAAUUUAUACAUUUGUAGUCCCUCUUUUCCUGCCAUAGCUUAUCCUUCAACAUUAUUGCUACUCCUUCUUUAGCUCUGACUCUAUUUGAAACCCCUGACAUAAUCCCAUUUAUUCCUCUCCAUUGAAACUCUCCCACCCCCUUCAGCUUUGUUUCACUUAAAGCCAGGAUAUCCAGUUUCUUCUCAUUCAUUACAUCCACAAUCAUCUCUUUCUUAUCAUUUGCACAACAUCCACGCACAUUCAGACUUCCCACUUUGACGAUUUUCUUCUUAUUCUUUUUAGUAAUCUUUACAGGAAAAGGGGUUACUAGCCCAUUGUUCCCGGCAUUUUAGUUGACUUUUACAACACCCAUGGCUUACGGAGGAAAGAUUCUUAUUCCACUUCCCCAUGGAUAUAAAAGGAAAAGUAAUAAGACUAAGAACUAUUAAAAUAAAAUCAAAGAAAACUCAGAUGAGUGUGUAUAAAUUAACGUGUACAUGUAUGUGUAGUGUGACCUAAGUGUAAGUAGAAGUAGCAAGACAUGCCUGUAAUCUUGCAUAUUUAUGAGACAGACAAAAGACACCAGCAAUCCUACCAUCAUGGCUACUGUAUUAUAUUUCUUCUGUGGGACCCUGGGAGAGCCCACUUGGGAUAUGCCACACCUUCACAUCACUUACCUCAAGAAAAGAAGAUACAUAUCUCUCACCUCCAGUCUGUCAGUGGUGUUUACUUGUUAUGAUUGGCAUUGCCUGAGUUUCCCAUAGUGUACAGAAAUCCAGUCAUUGCCCUUUUUCUGUUAUUUAAAUAAC